AUGGGGUAUGGAUCUUUAAAAUCCGAUCAAAAUCCGUCAUAUCUACGGAGAAAAAUAAAAACAGAACCAUUAGACUUAUCUACAGUAGAGAUGAACUAUGAAGAGCCAGAAAAGCCUAAAUCUCAGCGGCCAUUAGGAGUUCAACAAGCACCUACGUAUUUCCCUACAGAUGAGGAAUUUAGGCAGCCGUUGAAAUAUAUUGAAAGUAUUACGGCAGAAGGAAGAAAAUAUGGGAUUAUUAAGAUUAUACCACCAAGAGGCUGGAGACCGACGUUUUCAAUUGAUUCAGAGACAUUUCUUUUUCGAACAAGGAAACAGGCAUUGAAUUCAAUGGAGGGAAGAUUUCGAGCAAAUUUGACAUACCUUGAUCAGCUUUUUAAGUUUCAUAAACAAAAGGGAUCUUUUAUUAAAUCCCUUCCACAAAUUGAUAAACAUCCUGUUGAUCUUUAUCGUUUAAAAAGAGCAGUUGAAAGCCGCGGAGGAUAUCAUAAAGUAAUACGUUUUAAAAUGGAAGAAAAUGUUUUAACAUUGUUUCAGGCAUGUGAAAAAAGAAGGUGGGAAGAAAUAUGCCGUGAAUUGGGGUAUUCGCAGGCUGGCAAAUGUUUUUCAAAUGCUGUUACUUCAUUGAAGACGAUUUAUCAAAAAUAUAAUCUUCCAUAUGAUAUCUAUUUAGAAAAAAUAAAGAAUUCCCCAAAAAACCAGAAAGACGAUGAUAAGAAAAGGCUAAAAACAAAAGCAUCUCCUAACGUAUUGAAUAAAACUUCGACACCAUGUAAAACUGAAAAAAAUGACUUAUUGGAUGAUCUAGACAAUGAAAUUAAUAAUAAUUCAAUUAAAAGGGAACCUUGUAUUGAUAAAAACGAGGAAGAAAUAAUCGAUGAUAAUAAAAUGUUAUAUAAUGUCACUAAUAAAGAGAAAUUAUCUGAAAAACGGAAUACUAGACAUGUUCAAAAAGAAACAAAUAAAAUAGCAACAAACAAUUUAAAAUCAUCAAAUACUGAUACGGAAGAUAUGGAUUCUACAAGUAUUAAAAAUAAGUCUAAAAAAAUUUGUGAAAAAUGCCGUAAAGAAGCGGAUUCGUCUUCAGUAUUGUGUUAUAGUUGUGGUAUUAGAUAUCAUAUAUAUUGUUUGGAAUAUUCAUUAACUAAUAUACCUAAACGUGAAUGGUAUUGUAAUAAAUGUUUUUUAGGGACCAGCGAUUUUGGAUUUGAAGAUGGAAAUACAUAUUCUCUUAAACAAUUUCAAGAAAAGGCUAAUUUAUUUAAAAAGAAAUAUUUUGCUAAAAAGCAGUCUACUAAAAAACAAAGUUACCCAAGUGAAACAGAAGUGGAGGAAGAAUUUUGGAAAUUAAUUGAAAAUACAAAUGUUGCUACAGAAGUUGAAUAUGGUGCUGAUAUUCAUUCUACUACUCAUGGAAGUGGUUUUCCUACUUUGGAAAAAAAUCCAUUAGAUUCAUAUUCUUCAGAUCCUUGGAAUUUAAACAUUUUACCUUUAUCACCUGAUUCAUUAUUAAGACAUAUUAAAACAAACAUUAGUGGUAUGACUACUCCAUGGCUUUAUGUUGGGAUGUGUUUUUCUGCAUUUUGUUGGCAUAAUGAAGAUCAUUAUACAUAUUCCAUUAAUUAUCAGCAUUUUGGUGAAACAAAGACAUGGUAUGGAAUACCAGAUAGUGAUGCCGAUUUGUUUGAACAAAUUAUGGAAAAUACGAUGCCAGAACUUUUUGAACAGCAACCAGAUUUAUUAUUUCAGCUUGUAACUAUGAUUAGUCCGGCAAAAUUACUAGAUGAAGGAGUUAGAGUAUAUGCUAUAGAUCAGCAUGCAAAUCAGUUUGUUGUAACGUUCCCACAAGCAUAUCAUGCAGUUAAUGUUGUUGAGUUUAACCUUAAUGAAGCUGUUAAUUUUGCUAUUCCUAAUUGGAUAAGUGAAGGAUAUAGUUUAGAAUCAGUAAAGAGAUAUAAAAAAUUUAAAAAAAUGCCAGUGUUUUCACAUGAUGAACUACUUUUGACUAUUUUUUCUCAUGAAAAUGGAAUUAAAACAGCUAUGUGGUUAACAAUUGUAUUAAAUGAAAUGAAAGAUCGUGAAUUGAAAUCUCGAAAAUUUCUCCGAGAAGAAAUCCCUGGUCUUACUGAGGAAUUAGAUGAAAUAUAUUUGUCUGAAGAUCAAUAUCAGUGUAAAAUAUGCAAAUCUUAUACAUAUCUUUCUCAAGUUAAAUGCAAAUGUACUACAGAAAUUGUUUGUAUCGAUCAUUAUUUAGAGCUAUGUGAUUGUGAAAAAGAUGCUCUUAUACUUAGGUUUCGAUAUAGUGAUGAGUAUUUAGAAGAGAUUGCAGAGAAGAUCACUGAACGUAGCAAUCUUCCUACUAUGUGGACUAAGAAAUUUUAUAAAAUUAUGUCAGAAAAUGAGCGACCUCCUCUUAAGCUCAUGCGUUCACUUCUUUCUGAGGCUGAAAAAAUACAAUAUCCUAUUGAAGAAGUUUCGUCUCUUAGAAGCUUUGUGAUGAAAGUAAAUGAAUGGGUUGAAAAUGCAAAUAAUUUUAUAACACGAAAACAACAGAAUCGCCGCAAAAACGAAAAGGUUUGGAGAAAAGGUAAAACAGCUGAAUUGGAAGAACGUGAUAAAAUUUUUAGAAAUCCAAAAUAUCUUGAAAGUUUAUUAAAGGAGGCAGAAAAUCUUCCAUUUGACACUCCUGAAAUACAUUUGUUACGUGAAAAAGCAGAUGCUAUAGUUUCUUUUCAAAACCGUGCAAAAGAAGUUAUUUCUCAAUCUACAGUUUCAUCUGGUCAAUGUUUGGAAAUUAUAGAAUCAGGAAAAAGCCUUAAUGUUGAUAUUCCAGAAAUUGAGCAAUUUGAACAAUAUUAUAAACAAUUAACUUGGAUAGAGACUGUUCGUAAUGCAGAAAAUAAAUAUAUUUCAUUAAAAGAAGUAAAUGAUUUAAUUUCAGAAGCUAAAAAAAUCAAGAUUCCUGAAAAUAAUCCGUAUUUUUUAAAACUUAAAAUAAGAAAAGAGAAUGGAGAAGCAUGGGAAGCACACGCUAUUAAUCUUAUGAAACGAGAGGCAAUACCGAUGGAUGAGUUAGUAAGAUUAGCAGAUCAAGCAUCUAGUUUAUCUAUAUCACAAGAGAUUCUUGCUAAAGUUAACUCUAUUAUAAAUAAAAUACGUGAAGUUCACAAUUCUGUCCAAAACAUUCAACAACGCAUAUUAAAUCCUAAUUUUUGGCAAAGACCAACAGCUAAUGAGUUGAAAAAGAUCAUGGAUGUUGUUAAUAGCCUUCCAAAUCCUCCCGAAGGUGUAUCGAUUCUUCAAAAAGAGCAGCAAAAGUUACAUGAAUGGAUUCGCCGAGGAAAAAGAUUAUUUGGAAAAGCAAAUGCACCUUUAGAAACUUUAGGACAGCAUAUGGAAUAUGUUGUUAAAAGAAAUAAUUCAUGUCUUUCUUUAGCAGAUAAGCCUCGUGCUCCUGUAGAACCUUCGUCAAGAGAACAAACACCUGAGCCUUCUACGUCUUUAGAUAAAGAUGAAGGAUUUGGAAUUUCUUCUAAUAAAAUUCCUCAUCAUGAUCUUUUUUGUUUAUGUAGACAACCUGAAUCUGGGUUAAUGGUAGAAUGUGAAAUAUGUCAUGAAUGGUAUCAUGGUCGUUGCUUAAAAGUAUCUAGAAAAAAGUUACGUGAUGAUGAUAAGUGGACAUGUCCUAUAUGUGAUUAUCGUGUUGAAAUCCCUAGAUUAUCAAACCGUCCUAAACUUGAAGAUAUGCAACAGCUUCUUUCAGAUGCGUUGUUUUUACCAUUUAUACCUUCUGAAUUAGAUAAAUUAAAAGAAAUAGUAGACACAGGUGUAGCAUUUAGAAAUCAUAUUCAGCCUUAUAUAUAUUCUCCUCUUGGUUUAACGUCUGCAGAAGUACCUAUUAUGAGGUUUUACUUACGGAAGAUGGAAGGCUCUGAACUUCUUUUAGCAGAAGAAACAAACUUUUUUAAGGCCAAGCUUCAUGAACUUGUUCCUAUUGCUCCUAUGCCUCCUCAAGCUAUUGAGAUAUCAAAAUCAACAAGAAAGCCGCGUCCUACGAAGAGACAAAGAGAAUUAAUUGCUCUUGGGUUAGAUCCUAAUUCAGAAUCAUUGUCAGAAAAGUUUUCUAAUACGGCUUCCAAAAAAUCUAAAGUGAUCAGUAUAUCUCAGCCUUCUAAUCCAAAACCAAACAUUAAUCCAUCUCCUGUUCCUUUAAUAUGUAUUUGUAGAAAACCUUGGGUACCAAACGAUUCUCCUAAAAUCAAUUGUUUUGAUUGUGGUAAUUGGUUCCAUCAUUCAUGCGUUGGGUUAAAUGAAGCUAUUUCUCAGACUUUGAAUCAAUAUUUAUGUCCAAACUGUUGUAAACGAAGAAGUCAGCCUUAUUUAUUUCAUAUUAAUAAUUAUAAUAAUGACCAUACGCUAUCAUCUACUCUUAAUGAAAUACAUUCAUCUAAUACAUAUCAUUAUGAUAGACCUUUAUAUGAUCAAGAUAUGAAGGUUAAUCACUCUAUUGGGGAUUAUACGUCUCAAUCAAUUUCUUCAACAAAUAAUAUUUCAAAUAUUUUUGAAGCAUUUGCUAAUCAAGGGCUUUCUGAUAAAACAUUAUUGGGUAAUAUUCGUCAUGAUGGUGAUAUUGAAAAUUCUGUUCAGUCAUCUCAGACAGAUCGUGAAUUAUUAUAUGCUUUAGUAGAUUUAGCACAAGGUAUGCAAAGUCAUCAAGGAACUGGAAAUCAGGAAUAUUCAGGGAAUUUGAUAGAAGAAGAUAAUAAUUUUGCUGAUAAAUACCUUAAUGCAUCAUAG